UUCAAUUGAAAUUGAUUUUGUUUUUGGUGAUCGUUUUUUUUCAAUCAAACAAAAAAAAAAUGGAUGAUGUCACAUUCAUCCAAGAUCUUGAAGAGAUUGGCAUUCAUGGCCGUUCAACAUUACGUGAUAUAUUGACCGAUUCAUUCCGUAAGAAUUCAAAUGAUGACCAACAACAUGAUAAUAAUAAUAAUAAAUUAUGGCCAGAAAUAUUGGAAUUUCAAUCAAACAAUGGUAUCAUAUUGCCAUCAUUGCAGCCAAUGUUUCCAUUGUUACAUUUGUUGGGUGUAAAAAGUUUUGAAUUUCAUAAAUCCGUUGUAGAAGAAUUACGUGAAAAUUUAAUUAAUCGUUUUGAAGAAAUAUCACAAAAAAUGGAUCCAAAUAAACGUGAAGCUAACCUGAAAGCAUUGUUGGCUAAAUCAUUUCCAUUGAUUAAAAUGCCAAUGAUACAGCCAGUGGUGAUGGCAUUGUUGAAAAAUAUUGAAGUUGUUGAAGAUAAAUAUCUAAAAUUAUUGGUGGCCGAUGAAUCACUAUACAAAAAAUGUGAUGUAUCCGUUAAACGACAUAUUUGGCAAGAACAUCAAUCAAUGCUUGUUGGUGAAUUAUCACCGAUUCUUUCGGAAUAUGUUAAAGAGAAAGAAGCAAUAUUUGCCAACAUUAAAGAAUCGAAACAUAUAUUCUUUUUGCUCACACCGAAACAACGUCGUCAGAAUGAAAUUCUACAAUCAUUGGCCCAAAUGGUCGGUAAAAAUGUUCUGCUUUAUGAUACGAUUCUACAAUUUGUUCGUACCGUAUUUAUACAUACGAAAAAUCCACAUUAUUGUACAUUACGUGUUAGUUUAUUGAUGGAAUUACAUGAUGCUAAUAUAACCGAUAUUACAUCGAUGGAUGCUUGUCAUAAAUUUGCCUGGUGUUUGGAUGCCUGUAUUCGUGAGAAUACCGUCGAUCAUAAACGUAUUCGAGAAUUGCAAGGUUUCCUUGAUAACGUGAAAAAAGGACAAGAAGCUGUUUUCAGUGAUCUAGCUAUGGCAUUAUAUGAUCCAUAUGCCGUUAAUUUUCUUGUACAAACGGCCAUGAGAAUAUUGAAUUCAUUGAUCACUAAUGAAUCAUGUCCACGUGAACAUCAAACAUUACAAUUUCUGUUACGUCUUCUUAAUCUUGGUUUACAUGCACAUGAAAUAUUGAAAACACAAGCAUUUCGUGAACCAAAAUUAAAUCCUGAAAUAUUAACACGUUUUCUUCCCAUUAUAAUGGGAUUUAUGGUUGAUGAUCAGGUACGAUCGGUUAAUUCAAAACUGCCACCAGAUGAUCGUGAAUCAGCAUUAACAAUAAUUGAACAUAGUGGACCACCACCAGAUUGUUUUCAGACAUUCAUACAACAAGAUCCAUUAGCAGCUAUAUUCGCCAUUUAUUAUACAGCACAAGCAGCACGACAACAUGAUCGUCAAGCCGUUGUUCGUGUAUUGGGAUCAUUAACAACAACGUCAACAUAUAAUAAUCUAAGCCAUUCAGAUCCAUAUCAACAUAUAUUGGUCAGUGCACUUGUACAAUUGGCUGAUGAAUUUGUACAUGAUGAUCUAUGUACAUUGGUUUUCGAUGAAAUACUAUUGCCAGCAUUGGAUAUGAAUAGUACAGCUGUACAUUUGAUGAAAUUAAUAUAUCAUUUAAAUCAAUGGAUACCACAGGAACGGUUAGAAUCAUUAAUGAUGAAACUUCAACAUUAUGUUCAAAUGCCCAGUACAAAAGAUCAACGGACACGUACAACAUUUGUAGAAUUGGUUCAAUAUUUGGAAAAAAUUAAAGAAGAAAAAUUACGUAAAAAUCAACCACCACAAUUACCGACAACUCCAGUGGCAAAUCAAUCAAAUCAAAUUAUUGCCGGUAAUAAUACGAAUGUAGUGGAUAGUCCAAUCGGUGGUUCUGCAUCCGUUCGUAUUGCAUCAACAACAACAACAACAACAACACCACAACAUCAUCCAAUGAUGACACCAUCACCACAUGUUUAUCAUACACCUUCACAUUCUCAUCAUCAUCAUCCUCUUCCUCCUCAUUCACCGGUACCACCACCAACAUUACCACCACCACAACCAUCAUCACCUUUAUCACCGACACCUUAUUAUAGUACACAACAACAGCCACCAAUGUCACCAUAUACAGAUACAACAAAUAAUCCAUUAUCACCUUAUAGUGGACAACCAAUGUCACCAUUACCACCACCAACAUCAUCAUAUCAAUCACCAUUCCAUCAACAAUCGUCAUCAUCAUCUCGAUCCACAUCAUCAUCAUCGGAUAGAUCUUAUCCAACAACAAAUUAUUAA